GAGAGAGAGAGAGAGAGAGAGAGAAAUAGGCUACCCGGAGAGAGGGAGAAAGAGUGAGAAGAAGAGAAGUGGCCAUUUAAACACACACAAUAAGUUGGAUUUUUCUGGAAGAGCACCGUGCGAUGUUGGAACACUCGUCGGAUCUAGCCCUGGUGCAGAGCUUGUAUGUUAACAGCAUGCGCUGUCCCCCCUCUGCCUCCGCCGCUGGUGUCCCUGUCAGGAAUGAGGACCUAGGAUCUCUGAGCAACGGCAGCAAGAUGAACGGUUCCAUUGAGAACCUGGAAACACCUGACCAUGACUCCAUCAAGAUGUUCGUUGGCCAGAUACCUCGCUCCUGGACAGAAACCGAGCUCAAGGAGCUGUUUGAGCCCUACGGCGCCGUGCACCAGAUCAACAUCCUCCGAGACCGCACCGCCACACCCCCCCAGAGCAAAGGAUGCUGUUUUGUAACGUUUUAUACCAGAAAAGCUGCCCUGGAGGCCCAGAAUGCAUUGCACAACAUAAAGACCUUAACUGGGAUGCAUCAUCCCAUCCAGAUGAAACCCGCCGACAGCGAGAAAACAAACGCGGUGGAAGAUAGGAAACUCUUUAUCGGAAUGGUGACGAAGAAAUACGGCGAGAAUGAGGUUCGGCUGAUGUUCUCUGCUUACGGCCAGAUAGAGGAAUGCCGAAUUCUCCGUGGACCCGACGGUCUGAGCAGAGGCUGUGCGUUUAUCACAUUUUCUACCAGGGCUCAGGCUGCGAAUGCAAUCAAAUCCCUGCAUCAUUCUCAGACAAUGGAGGGCUGCACUUCUCCCAUGGUGUGUAAGUUUGCGGACACUCAGAGGGACAAGGAGCAGCGGCGCCUGCAGCAGCAGAUGGCCCAACAGAUGCAGCAGCUCAACAGCGCCUCCACCUGGGGAAAUCUGGCAGGGUUGGGAGGCCUCACGCCACAGUACUUAGCCUUGCUCCAACAGGCGACGGCUACCAGUAACCAGAGUACUUUUGGCAACCAGAGUACUUUUGGUAACCAGAGUUUUGGUAACCAGAGUAGUUUUGGUGGCAUGCAGAGACUGGGAGGUGUGAACCAGCUGCAGCUGCAGAACCUGGCCACAUUAGCAGCUGCCGCCUCUGCAGCCCAAAACUCAGGCGGCUCCACCAACACCCUGUCAGCCAACGGCGCUUUAGGUAAUCUCUAUAACUCAGCAGCAGGCCAGACUGCAGGUUCCAGCGCGGGUGCAGCCAUGAACACCCUGGCCUCUCUGGGCCUGACCCAGGGCCUUGGCGGCGGUCUGACGGGCGCUUCCAUGGGCCUCAACAACCUCAACGCCCUCACUGGGGGGGGUAUGGCUGCUAUGAACGGGGGCCUGGGGGCCUCGAUGGCUAAUGGCUCUGGAGCGAGCUCCAUGGAUGCCCUGACCCAGGCUUACUCAGGGAUGCAGCAGUACACUGCGUCCGCCCUGCCUUCCCUCUACAGCCAGUCCCUGCUGCAGGGUGCAGCCGGCGGGAGCCAGAAGGAGGGUCCUGAGGGGGCUAACCUGUUCAUCUAUCACCUGCCCCAGGAGUUUGGAGACCAGGAUGUCCUUCAGAUGUUCAUGCCUUUUGGAAACGUUGUCUCUGCCAAAGUCUUCAUUGACAAACAGACCAAUCUGAGCAAGUGCUUCGGGUUCGUCAGCUACGACAAUCCAGUGUCGGCACAGGCCGCCAUCCAGGCCAUGAACGGCUUCCAGAUCGGCAUGAAGAGGCUCAAGGUGCAGCUGAAGCGCUCCAAGAAUGACAGCAAACCCUACUGAUCGUACCCAGGGCAGGGGCCUUCCCCCUGGCUCUGUGUUAGCACUGCUAGG